AUGCAGCACACCUUGCAAAAAUUAGCAGGGCUCGCGUUUAGAGGGGUCGUUCGACCAUGGCCUUCAACACCCCGGAACAUAAUUCCAAGGGCGCGCCCUAUAAUACCCCCAAUCCGUCACCAAUUUCAAGCCAUUUCUACCGCAUUAUCUUCUCGGAACGCUCCAUCGCCACUUUCUUCUGACGAGGCCAACCCGGAACACCGUGCAGAAUCGGGACCAUCCUCUGAUAUCCCAUUGACCCUUGCUGCACAGGGACGUGCUGCUGCGUUUGCCAUCCGUCAAUUACUUCACGAGAAGAACGUCGCCGACGCGUAUGUUAUCAUCAAUUCUAUUCGGUAUGCAGAUUUACCAAAAACUGCGGACAAGUUUUUCGGCAGCUUCACAUCCAUGAAGGAAUUUGAUUCAAUCGCCCUCGCUUUUUCACCUGGCGUAUCUCCUCGCCUUCCUUGUCACACCCUUCUUCAUGGUUUGUUACGCUUAGGGAUGGCUGAUAAGGCCUCAAAGCUUGCCAGUGAUAUGGUCUCCUCUGGAAUACGAGUGCAAUGCCGUACGAUAGAAGCGAUAUAUUCGGGGCUUAUUCAUGCCUCUCAGACGCAGUCAGCUUUAAAAGAACUGCCCUCUCGUGAAGAAUUGGAAAGUCCCGGCAUCCUCCACUUGGAUCCUUCUAAGGCGCUUGACAAGCGUACCGGCUUUGCAAUUCGCCUUUUAGGGCUGGUUCGACAGUCAAGGCAACGUCGCUCUAGCAGAAUGUUCAAGCUUCUCAUAACUCUAUGCGUUAUCAAUGGGGAAAUCAUUCUUGCAUCCCUCCUUUUUGGUGUCCUUAUCAGGGAUUGUCAGGCUCGCCAUGCUCAGGCGAACGAAGCUCUGGAAACCCCUAAGCCAACUUAUGCCCACGUCGCAGAUAUUUGCCAUUUGGCCGACGAUUAUCUAGCGAAUCCUCCGACAUCAUAUGGUGCAAAGCUCCAAUAUCAGGCCGGACUCCAAGCUCUUGCAAAUUUAGCCAAUUUUCUUGACCAACAACUCAUCCAAAUGCCUAACAUCGCACGUCUCCUAUCUUCUCUCUGUCAUUGUCCUCGUGGACCCGAUGAAGUCUGGGUAACCGGCGUCGAUGGAAAUAUUAUACGAGUGCAGGCAUAUUCAUACAUUAACGGUGUACUCGACAAAUUAAUCGAUUCAUUGUCGAAAGUGAGGAAAAAAUAUCCCAUUAUCUUGGAUAGCGAUAGUUGCCAUUCAUUAUUGGGGUAUUCAUUGAACAACCGAUAUUCCAUCCCACUGGCCGCCAAAGUCUGGCGCUAUAUGCUACUCAUGCGAUUCACCGAAAGCAAUUUCACGCACGCUAUUCUUGAUCGAGCUGGGGAGGUUCUAGAUCUCACCCAACUACGUACAUUGGAUAAUCCAAUUACAGUUAACGAUCUAAAACAAAUUAAACACACAGGAGAUAACUAUAUAUUGGACGCCUACCUCCGCCGCCUUAUUGCUGAGGGACGUCAUGGCACUAUCAUAGCGGCUCUUCCUUCCCUCCUUCCCGGCUUCGAUAAGAUAACUUGCAGAAGCCUCCGAUUGGGCUUUACCAGAUCGCCAUGUCAUACAUCUGAUUAUGGGCCAGUGGUUUUCGGUGCUCUCCUCACUUGCCUUGUCCAAGCUAAGCAGUUCAAGAAGGCGGAAAAAUUAUUUUUAUGGAUUCGUGUCGCAGAAUCGCACAGUUGGCAGCCAGACGAGAACGGUGUAGUCACACCAUGGUGCAUACCAAUCCAUAUAUAUACGAAUAUGAUACACCUUUAUGAAAGUAUGGAGGUAUGGGAAAAAAAACAUGGAAGGCGGGUGAAAGCGCUUCAAAGACUUCGACAUCAAAGCAAUGUGGUGGAAGUAGACGGAACGAUAUUCAAGAUGAAAAACGAACCUGACCGAAUGACGCCUUCGCCCCGUGAAUGUGCCAUGGACAUAUACCGUAUGGUAAAGGACGCUGCACCAGCCAUCGAACGAAAAUUAUCACAAUUGGACCAACUCGGUUUACAGGCGAAAAUCGAAAAACGGCAUUUGGAUAUUCCACGUCCAGACAUACCAUUCUUUAAUGCAAUUUUGAAGUUUGCUCGCCGACCAUUCAAGGGCAAACCCCAAUCCGUUUACUAUUAUCAUCGCCAAUUUCGGCAGACUCUUGACACUUACCUCGCGACCGGACGUUUGCGUCGUGCACCACUGCCAGUACUCUUGGAGAUUGCUCAAGAUCUUGUUGAAGCGGGUAUUCCCAUACCUCUAUUAUAUCGAACUUGCCUCAUUGGGAGGAUACCAACCGAAAAAUUCGGCAACGCCGACGAUAUCUGGCCUGGGAUUGUCACUAUACCCUACGACAAAUGGAGAGCCAAGGGAAAAAGGAACUUACGCCUUCAGCAGCACUUGGCAACAGCAGAGUUUUCGCCGGCCAACAUAUUAACAUAUUGA